CUAACAUUGUAGCAUAAAUAAAAUUAUACAUACAAAACUCGUAUUCAGUCGCAAUAAUAUGAGACAUUUCGAAUAGAAAACUUUUUUGAAGAAUGGAGGUAUUUAAUAACACUCAAAAACUUCUUUCUAGCCUCCUUUCUUCAAAAAUUAACACAUCUUUCGUAUUAACGCUAGAAAAUGCAAAUUCUGUACAUAUGAUUUUAUUUGGGUUGCAAUAUCCAGAACCAAAAAGUGAUAAUUUCCUAAUAAGUUUCUUGAAUUUACCCGGAAUUUACAAUGAGAUUUUUCAACAUAAAUCGCAGCAGAAGUGUAACAUGAGAAGUAACAUGAGAAGGCUCACAAUAAAUGGGUGUGUGGUAUUGUUUAAACAUCUAAUAAUAACUGUGAUUGUGUAAUAGACCUCUCCUUUAAGAUUUUAUCUUUUCCAUUUGGCAUCAAAUGAAAGAUGGGUUAACAAGUGUGCUUGCUUUUAAUAUAGAAACAUUGAGAAUUUUUGAUAGUUCAGGCUAGAUCCAGGCCUCCUCCAAAGUUUAAUAAAUUAUAAGUUUUAUGUCGUUGCUUCAAAAAUCUGCUAAACUGGAAAGUUUUCUAUGAGUUAUGAACAAACCAAUGUUCAACUUGCAAAUGUGGUUCAACGCCCAUUGGCUUCAAAUCUUAUUUCUCGAGUUGGCUAUUUGAUUAACGAUAAAUAUGAUCAAUUUGGGUGUCAUCUUGGUUUAGAUGUCUAUGAUCUUAGGAACAUUAAUCAAAACCAUGCAACAGCUCAAGCAAAAGCGGUAGCUGUUAUUGAAAUGUGGAUUGAGUCUAGAGGGAGACAAUCAUGGGUAGAGUUAAAAGAAAAGUUGAUAACCUUUCGUUGUCUAGCAAUAGUUCAAAUUAUUGAGAAAGAGUUUCCAUUAGAGACUGCAAGUAUACCAGAAAUAUCUUUCGGAUUUUCUGCCAAUAAAGAUUUGUCAAUAGUGUCUGCUGAACUCAAAAAGUUUUAUCUUAAAUAUUAUGGGAAAAUUAGUGAACUUCAACCACUAUUAAAAGCACCUGCAAGUGUUGAUCUAAUGAAUAAAUUUGUUGAUCUAUGUAUUGUUGAUGCAGCGAAGCCGCAAAUGGAUGCUGUUUUUAGUGUUGAACGAAAGGAAUUUCUUAUAAAGCAAAUGCGUUAUACGCCAAUUCCUUAUAGUGAACUAUUUAUGAACGAAAAAUCAGUGAUAUUAGUAUCUGGAAUUGCUGGUAUUGGGAAAACAUGGUUGCUUAGAAAAUGUUUGCUUGAUUGGUCAAAUGAUUUAAUUUGGAAAAAUGUUGAACUUGUUUUUUAUUUGGAAUGCAGGAGGAUUAAUCAAUAUGAAAAUGUUUCUAAUAUUAAUGAUUUAUUAAGCGUUUUCUACAAAGAUAUUAUAAGUAACUUUAAUAUUAGUAUUGACACUGCACUCUUUAUUAUUGAUGGAUUAGAUGAGUUUAAAUAUUUCAAUGAGUUAUCAAAUUCGGAAUUAAAAUAUAAUUAUCCGAUUGUUAAUGUUUUAGCAGAAAUUCAAAGUUAUAAACAUUUAAUUGCUGGUAGAGUUUAUGCAAUUGAUCAAUACCAAAGUAUAUAUUCAGAUCAGAGUGAUAAGUUAACCAUUCAAAUAAUGGGGUUUAAUGAAAAUGGAAUAAUGAAUUAUGUAGAGAAUCAUGUUAAGGAAGAAAAAAAAGGAAUUGUAAAAGCAACUUUAAAGGAAUCUCCAAUUGCAAAAGCUAUGGCAUCUGUUCCUUUUUAUUUAUCUUCCAUGUGUAAAAUUAUCAGUGAUUCAAAAAUGAAAAGUAUCACAUCUUUCUUAACAAUGACAGAUUUGUAUGCAAAUAUUUUUUUAUAUUUUUUGCGAAAACACAUCAUCAAAAACAAUGAAAUGAUUUAUCAGAUAAUGAAAAACGAUACUAAUAAAAUGUAUAUUUUAAAUGUUUGUAAAAUUGCUUAUCAAUUGUUUGUUGAAAAUAAAGUAAUUUUUUCCAAAGAAGAAAUUGAAACUUUUAUUCAUGACUUUGAUAAAAAUGAAAGUAAUUUUUUUGGAUUUAUAGAAAAGAUUGAAACAGAUCUGGAUUGUUAUUAUCAGUUUGCGCAUUUGACAAUAAUGGAGUUUUGUGCAUCUGUAUAUGCAUAUAAUUGUUUAAGUAGUGAAGAAAUCAUGACCAAUAAAAAGCUGAAAAGUUGUUUAUCAAUGAUUUGUGGAUUAUCUAAUGCUAGUCAAAAUAGUUUAUUAAAGUUUCUUGUUAAUCUGAAUCCUUCAAAAAAUACAAAUGAAAAAUCUGUUCUCUUUUCUAUUUUGGAUCGUCUAUCUAAAAGAAUUAUUUCUUCUGAUAAUUGCAAUUUUUUCUUCGAAUGUUUUUACGAAAGUCAAUCGUCAUUCACUGAUGAAAUAAACUCAAUUGUUGAUGAACCAAAUAAACGACGGUUUAAUGGUUUAAUAUAUUUUGGUGGUUUGUAUGGUGUUGAUUGUAAUGUUGGUUGGAUGAUUUCGAUUGACGAUGGAAAAACUUCUUACGCAACUUCUUGCGAGAAUUAUUUCGUAAAUUUUUACAUAAAAUCUGGAAGAAAGUUAGAGUGGCUAAUUGUUGAUAAAAAUAUUUUAAGUGAUGAAGAAAAAAAUCUUUUAAUUUUAUGUUCAACUAAUGUUCGCGGUGUUUACUUUUAUCAUCCAAUUAAUUUCGAAGGAUGGAAACCGAAAGAUAAGAUUAAAGUGUUGACGAUAUGGAUCUCACGUUAUUUAAUUACAAAAAAAUAUUUUAAAGAAAAUUUUCUUCCUUGGAUUUAUCUUUGUGAAAAAUUGAGUCUUCAACUUCACGACGACAUUGAUUUCUUUAAAGACAUUUGUGAAUGGAUUGAUUGUUCGAACAUCAAGGAGUUUGAGAUUUAUAGUAGUUUUCGAUAUAGGAUCAGUAGGAUCGAGUACCGUGGAAAAUAUUUUCGUAACCUCGAUGAAUAAACUUUAUAACAUAAUAAAAAUAAUAAAAUAUUAAGUUAUUUAAUUUAUAUUUUUAUAAACAUAUAUGCUUUAAAUAUACAAAAUAAUUUAAAUAUAUUUGAUUUAA